AUGUUGUACAUGGUGAAGCAUAUGAUCAAGUUGGUGAACACAGGAGGAACAUUUGCAUUGUACUCAUUGAUAUGUCGGUAUGCAAAAACGGGACUUAUCCCAAACCAAGAGCCAGAAGAUAGAGACCUCUCAAACUACACACUUGAACUUUCAAGCACACAGCACAGAAGAGCCCAUAAGAUCAAAGAGAAGCUCGAGAAUUUCAAAUUCGCUAAGAUCACACUUUUCCUUGUCACUAUUAUGGGCACCUCCAUGGUUAUUGGUGAUGGUAUUCUUACUCCUUCAAUCUCAGACACGGUCGUUGGUGUUUCAGUUGCAAUCUUGAUCCUGCUAUUCGCAUUUCAGCGUUUUGGAACGGAUAAAGUUGGAUUCUCAUUUGCCCCUAUCAUCCUCCUAUGGUUCACAUUUCUGACCGGAAUUGGGCUCGCUAAUCUGUUCAAGCAUGAUUUUACUGUUUUAAAAGCACUUAAUCCAUUCUAUAUUAUUCACUACUUUACAAGAAACGGUAGAAAGGGCUGGAUUUCCCUCGGAGGUGUCUUCCUAUGCAUCACUGGAACGGAGGCCAUGUUUGCUGAUCUAGGUCAUUUCAGUGUUCGAGCCGUACAGACUAGUUUCUCAUGCAUCGUGUAUCCAGCGCUGUUAACAAUAUAUUGUGGGCAGGCUGCAUACCUCACUAAACAUACUUCCAACGUGACAAAUAUUUUCUACGACUCUAUCCCAGAUCCGUUUUACUGGCCAACAUUUGUGGUGGCGGUGGCAGCAUCGAUUAUAGCAAGCCAAGCUAUUAUAUCAGGUGCCUUCUCGGUCAUCUCGCAGUCUCUACGUAUGGGUUGUUUCCCUCUAGUGAAAGUGGUUCACACGUCCGCUAAAUACGAGGGACAAGUCUACAUCCCCGAGAUCAACUACUUCCUCAUGCUGGCAUGUGUGGGUGUUACGCUCGCCUUCAGGACCACCGAGAAGAUAGGACAUGCCUAUGGAAUCGCGGUGGUAACCGUCAUGGUCAUUACGACUUUCAUGGUGACUCUCAUAAUGCUCGUUAUUUGGAAGACCAACAUAGUGUGGAUCGCUAUGUUCUUGAUAAUCUUCGGCUCCAUAGAGAUGUUGUACCUUUCUUCGGUUAUGUACAAGUUCAAGAGCGGUGGUUAUCUACCGCUUGCAAUCACGGUAGUUUUGAUGGCAGUGAUGGCGGUUUGGCAAUACGUUCACGUCCUUAAGUACGGGUAUGAACUCAGGGAGAAGAUUUCUGGUGAAACCGCUAUACAAAUGGCUACAAGUCCUGACAUAAACCGGGUUCCAGGCAUGGCUCUAUUUUACACGGAGCUUGUUCACGGUAUAACUCCGUUGUUUUCUCACUAUAUCUCAAAUCUUUCUUCGGUCCAUACGGUUUUCGUCUUGAUAUCGAUCAAGUCGCUUCCCGUGAGCCGUGUCACACCGUCGGAACGGUUCUUUUUCCGUUUCGUGGAGCCCAAGGAUUUCGGGAUGUUUCGAUGUGUUGUGAGGUAUGGUUACAAGGAAGACAUCGAAGAGCCAGAGGAGUUCGAGCGUCAGUUUGUUCUUUCCUUAAAGGAGUUCGUCCAUCAAGAGUACUUCAUUUCCGGAGGUGAAGUGGAAGAGACGGAGAACGAGGAGGAAACAAAUGUUCAGGCUACACCUGUGCCUUUGUCUAAUCCUUCUUCUGGGCGGAUUGUGUCUGCACUUUCAUCUUCCUCGGACAAAAUUAGGUCGGGAAGGGUGCAAUCUGUGGAUUAUCAUAAGGAUUUGGUGGAGAAAGCUAGUGAGAAAGGAAUGGUUUAUCUGAUGGGUGAGACUGAGAUUACAGCGGAUAAAGAUUCUUCUUUCUUUAAGAAGUUUAUAGUGAACCAUGCUUACAAUUUCUUGAAGAAAAAUUGCCGAGAAGGAGACAAAGCACUUGCAAUUCCAAGGUCGAAGCUUCUUAAGGUUGGCAUGACUUAUGAACUAUAAGAUGUCCUAACUUGUCUAUUUUCUUUGUGUGUUUUUGUGUGUUUUUCUCUGUGAGUUUUUUACGUGUGGUCCAAUUCACUGUGAUCUAAAUUCUCUAUGACCAUGUUUAAGCGAAGCUUGGUUUGUUUUUUUUUUUUACUUUUGAUUAUGGUACUGUGUAUGGUGAUCUUUUUGGUUUGUGAAUGUCUUUUUCUAUUAUAAAAAUCAAAUUUCAAAGAAGAUUAUGGUACAUAAGUGUAUGGUGAUCUUUUUGGUUUGUCAAUGUCAAUCUGUAUUUAUUGUAAGAGAUUAUAAAAACCAA